UGCUCCUGCUCGUUUAAUUUCCUUCGCCAUCCAAAAAUAGACCAGUUAUGUCGAAGAAUUACAUAAAUGCUCUUUUGAAGCCUUUUCGUGAGAAUAAAGUUGUAUCAAGUAUACUAAAAUUAUUCGAGUCGGGCUCAAAUAAUCCUUCGGGAGGGGUUGUGGGUGUGAAAAAUGAGAUCCCCGCGGGCCGGGCUGGUUCCGCUCAAUACAGCACGGGGGUCCGUAAGGUGACACUCAUCCCUGGACACGGGAUCGGCCCCGAGAUCACGGUAGCUGUACAGAAAAUAUUCGAAGCCGCCAAAGUACCCAUUGAAUGGGACGAGGUGGACGUGACAGCUGUUAGAGGUCCGGAUGGCAAAUUCGGUAUUCCCCAACGUGCCAUUGAUUCUGUCAAUGCCAACAAGAUAGGCCUCAAAGGUCCCCUGAUGACCCCAGUGGGUAAAGGAUACAGGUCGUUGAACUUGGCUUUAAGAAAAGAGUUUGAUCUGUAUGCCAAUGUGAGGCCUUGCAAGAGUUUAGACGGCAUCAAGACCCUGUACGACAACGUGGACGUGGUGACCAUCAGGGAGAACACGGAGGGAGAGUACUCCGGCAUAGAACACGAGAUAGUGGACGGCGUGGUUCAGUCCAUCAAGCUCAUCACAGAGGAGGCCAGCAAGAGAGUGGCGGAGUUUGCGUUCACCUUCGCCAGGGACAACAAGCGGAAGAAGGUCACCGCCGUGCACAAAGCCAACAUCAUGCGUAUGUCGGACGGCCUGUUCCUGCGCUGCUGCCGCGAGCUGGCCACGCAGUUCCCUGACAUCAAGUUCGAGGAGCGCUACCUGGACACCGUCUGCCUCAACAUGGUCCAGGACCCGUCCAAAUUUGACGUACUCGUGAUGCCGAAUCUGUACGGAGACAUCAUGUCGGACAUGUGCUCCGGCCUGGUGGGGGGCCUCGGCCUCACGCCGUCCGGGAACAUCGGCAAGAACGGAGCCCUGUUUGAAUCGGUUCAUGGCACAGCCCCGGCCAUAGCCGGCCAGGAUAAGGCCAAUCCCACAGCACUCCUCCUGUCCGGAGUCAUGAUGCUGAGAUACAUGAAGCUGGAAGACAUCGCCGACAGAAUAGAAACAGCCUGCUUCACCGUCCUCAAGGAAGGGAGAGUCCUCACCGAGGACCUCGGGGGAAAGAGCUCAUGCACGGAGUACACCAACGAGAUCAUCAAACAUCUGUACUAGAUGACAAGUUGGCUUGGGGUGUGUGGCGUACGGUGACGAGGAAACUAAUAAUCUGUGAAUGACAAAGUAUGGAAUUAAUAGCUUAAAACUGAAUUGUAUAGGAAAUCAAUUGAACUGUAGACGGGUAUCUAAAGCUUCCUCAUUAGACGUGCUCAUGUAUGACGAGCAUCCAAACCAUCACAGAAAAUCCAAGAAACAAUAUAACACAUACAUGACAGUCACGUAUAGAACCUUCUUUAUAGGAAACAUUAAAAAAAAACAUGUGAAUGAUGAGUAUUAUAGAAUGAUUGGUGCUGACAUGUUAUAGCACCUCUUUGCUGCGUCGGCCUCUCGAUGAAUGGACUUGGCCACAGUUUAUAAAAACAUAUGUUGGAUUGUAUAAAAAAAAAUUACAAUAUCUCUACAAGGAAUCUGUUUGAAGUUACGAACAUUCAACAAGGUCUAAUGUUGUAGCAAGAUUAGAUAGUAUUAAUAUUUUUAAUUUAAUUAUUAUGCUGUGAACACUAGUUGUAGCCUUCAGCUGUGAUGAAAAGCCCUUCUCGACGGAUCUGUUCUGUUCUUUGCAUGUACUUUCCUGGAAACUAUGUUCUGUUAGUGAAAUAAAGACAAUACCCAUAACCCUGAUGAGCUAAUGUAAUCGGGUGCUAAGUGUUCUUUUUACAAAUGUAUUUGUUUAAUACUUUAAGUUAUUUAUUGUGUUACCAUUAAGAUUAAUUAGUGAGAUGUGGCUGUUUGUGAGUUUGAACCAAAUCAUAACUCAGUUAUAAAUAUAACUGACUGACUUAAAAAACUCACCCAUGACAUUGCCUUGUGGACUGUAUUAAGAAAUCCUUAUACAAGGAAACAACCGAGUUGUUAAACAGAUAUAUUAAUUUCAUUGUGCGAAUUAAAACAGAAUCAAUAAGCGAGUUGCCAUGACCGAAACAUAUUAUAAGACGAGUUGGUAGUUUGUUAGUUCCUUUGUUUGUGAUGCGUUUGUGUUUUAUUCAUUUAUUAGACAAUUUUAUAUAUAAUUUAAUGUACAUUAAACAAAGUAUUACACUUGUAUUAUUUAAUUAUGACAAAACAGAUCUAAUCUGUAUGUUACCAGGUACAUUCCAUUUUAUUAACUUAUUUGUGUUCGUUUUAUUCCAAUGUAGAAAUAAAGUGGUUGGAAGUAAGGUUGUU